GUAGUUUUAGGCUAUCAUUUGUACAAAUUAAAACUAAAAAUAAUAACAAUAAUGAAGGACGCGUCAACUAGUGAAGAUGAUUCCAAUCUACUUGUACUCAUCAUUGACACUAAUCCCUUUGUCUGGGCUGAAUCUGCAAAGGCAACUGUGCCACUAUCCCUUGAUGAUGCUCUACGACAGAUCUUAAUCUUUAUCAAUGCUCAUCUUGCUUUAAAAUACAAUAAUAAAGUGACAGUAAUCGCAAGUCAUGUUGGACACAGUAAAUUUCUUUAUCCACUUCCGAAUGAAGAAACUGUUCAAAUCAAAAGCAAUAAUGGCAGUCGACGAAAUGCCAACAUGUAUCCCAAUUUUCAAUUUGUGACAGACCAGAUUGUCAGUAGUUUACAAGAACUAUUUGCAAAUACCGAUCCAUCAUCUCUUCAAGAAGGUCCAGGAACCUCAUCAAUGGUGACUGGUGCAUUCUCAAUGGCACUCUGUUACAUCCAUCGUAUCACAAAACAGGAUGAACUUGGUCACAUCAAGCCGCGUAUUCUCAUAUUAUCAGUUUCACCUGAUUCAGCAUCUCAAUAUAUUCCAUUAAUGAAUUGUAUUUUCUCAGCCCAAAAAGCAAGUAUUCCUGUGGAUGUGUGCAAGAUUUACGGAGAAGAAACUGCAUUCCUUCAACAGGCUUCCAAUAUCACUGGAGGUGUUUAUGUGAAAGUAGACAAUAGUCAGGCAUUGUUACAAUAUCUAAUGUUUGCUUUCUUACCUGAAAGAUAUGCACGAAACUAUCUAAACUUACCCAACCAAGAUCAAGUGGAUUUCAGAGCUGCCUGCUUUUGUCACAAGAAAAUUGUUGAUAUUGGUUAUGUAUGUUCUGUAUGCUUAUCAAUCUUUUGUUCUUGGUCCCCAGUCUGCUCAACAUGCAAAACCAAAUUUGCAUUUAGACCCAUGCUUCCACCUGCUGGAAAUCGGCCUAAAAUUGGAGGACCCAUUCGAGGCUCUCCUGCUCCCAAUUAAAAUAAAUAAAUAAGUAACCAUAGUAAUUAUAGUAAUAGUGUCUUUCGAGACAAUAAGAUCGAAAUAUGUAUCUUUGAUGAUAUUAAGUGUAAAUAAAGGAAAUAAAAUAAAAUAAUAUAUUGUUAUUAUUAUC